AUGCAACUCACUCAGACCAUCGUCGCCGCCCUCUUCGCCGCCUCCUCCGUGGUUGCGGCUCCCGCCCCCUCUGAAAAGUCCAUGAUGACCACCGGCGUCCCCCAGUGGACCAUCGAGGGCGUCAAGCGUGUCUGCGACGGCGCAGACAACCAGUGCAACUGGACCUUCAAGAUCAACCCCAAGAUCUACUCCAAGACCCCCGUCAACUUCGUCACCAAGAGGUCCGGAGCUACCCCUGCCUCUCAGAACAACGGCGUCGCCCAGAACUUUGGCGACUACACCAUCACCUCUGGCUGGAGCGGCCAGUUCGGUCCCGGCAACGGCUUCACCACCCUGGCUGUGGUUGACAACAAGAACCGCCGCAUCACUUGGCCCGCUUACACCGACAAGCAGGUUGCUGGUGGAAAGGUCGUCUCUCCUGACCAGAGCUACGCUCCUCAGAACCUUCCUUAG